GUUUGACAAUCAGCCUCCCAUUCGCUCGCGUACAACAAGCUAAGUAGGCGUUGUACAAUACAUUUUGGAUGAACAAAACACUAUACAAAUGAACAUGAUGAAAGAAAAGCGAGAAAGGGUUUUGGCCUACAAACCCCAGAGCAAGACCACGCCUACUUCAGGUGAAAUUGAGGAACCUCCGCCCAUACACCUGGCUUUAUUCGGCCUACAACUAGCUGGAAAGUCUGCCUUCAUUAAUUCUUUGUACUUUGCUGUGAAAGGCGAAUAUUUGCAUAUCGCCGACGAAUCAAACGAAGAAAAACAGAGGACAGAGUGGAGAGAAGCUAAAACCCUGACUCCCUAUAUAAAAAUAUUGGAUAAUAAAGGUCUAGAGAAUUACAACAAUCACGUCAUUCCCGAACUCAUGGAGGAGAUCAGAGGAAGGAGAGGACAAGUCCCACAAAUAGUGGUACAAAACGGCAAAAUCGUUGAUUGUCCAAUUCUGAUCUGUAAUUUCAGUGGAGAGAGUCGUGGUGAUAAAGCUGCCGCGAAUUUUAUUUCGGAGUUUUCAAAGGAAGUUCAUAAACUACUUGGUCGACGUUUGGUCGUUGUUUUGACACACAAGGAUGAAUUGGCUACGGAGGAUGAUGGAAUAGAUAUGAGAAACUGGCUUGUCAAAGAGUGUGAAAUACCAGCUCGUCAUGUGUGGAUCUUUGAAAACUACACUCAAGAAAACCACGAGGAGAACGUCAUAAAGACUAAUGAACUUCUAGACUUUCUAUUGAGAUGUGUUGAGCUGGCGGAACUAAACAUCAUCUUCAGACACACGAACGAAACCCAAACGCUCCCCAAACGCGCCAGUGGAAAUGUGUUAUUUCCUAAGCGUUUCCCCCUUGUAAAUGAACUUUAUGAAUAUUUUGCAUUAUGACAUCAAUAUUUUCGAUGAUUGUUGAAUAAUGUACAUAGGACUAUACCCAAUAAAAAAAUGGGGAGGAUAUAUAGAAUGAUAUUGUUUUCCACCGUUUUUUAUAAACACUGUCACUAUUACUUUUUCAAGGGGUUUCUUCCAAUCUUUUCGUUUUUAGAGUGGAUUUUUUUCCUUCAUUUUUUGGUUUGUGUUAUAACCAUGAAAUUUGCAGACGUUUUGAGCCCUGGACGGAUCGAUGGUUUAAUAAAUUAUGCUGUAUAAUUUGUUCUAUUAUUACCUGGAUGUAAUUUAAAAAUUUGAACAAAAUCUUAAAAUGGUAAAAAGUCCCUUUUUUUCUUUUACGAUGGUAUCUACAUGUAGUAUUCAUUUUUAACUGUAAAUCUGAAAAAAAAAGAGAAUCGAGGGAUUUUCAACCUUCUGAUGGCAGUUAUCUUUUGGUAAUAUUAACAGAGACUAGGUUGACGAGUGUUGCUGGAGUGGGAAGGUCAUGUUGACUUGGUUCAGUUCAACAUAAAAAUAAACAAAUAACGACAAAAGAAAGACACAUUUGACCUUUCAUGAAAAUUUAUAAAAGAAUAAGUCUUGACCUAUUAAAAUUCUCAAUUUUGUGAUAAGGCGCUAGAUGUUAUUAAAGGACAAGUCCACCCCUGAUAAAAGUUGAUUUGAAUAAAAGGAGAAAAUCCAAUAAGCAUAACACUGAAAAUUUCAUCAAAAUCAGAUGUAAAAGUUAUGGUAUUUAAAAGUUUCGCUUACUUUCAAAAUACAGUCAAUAUGUACAUCCUUGUCGGUAUGCAAAUGAGGGAACUGAUGACGUCAUCCACUCACUAUUUCUUUUGUAUUUUGUUAUAUGAAAUAUUCUAAUUUUCCCCUCAUUGUUCUGUGAAACAAAGUUUUAUUCAUCCCUGAACAUGUUGAAUUACCAUUAUUUUAUGGUUCAGUCAAGUCGGUCAUUAUUGUAAAAUCUGUAAAAUUGGAAAUAUUGUAUAAUUCAAACAAUAAAAAACACAAAAGAAAUUGUGAGUGAUGGACAUCGACCUUCUCAUUUGCAUGUCACUGAGUUGUGCAUAUAACUGUUUUGUAAAAAAUAAGCGAAACUUUAAAAUGUCAUAACUUUAUUUUAUAUCCGAUUUUGAUGAAAUAUUCAGUGUUAUGCUUGAAUGUUUGAUUUAUCUCUAUUUAUUCAAAUCAACAGUUUUCUGGGCUGGACUUGACCUUUAAGUAACUCCUUUAUAAUUAUAUACUAGUAAUGUAAAAUCCACAAAUUGUUUCUUGUGGUGUGUAAGUUGAGGGGGAAGUUCAUCCUGUUGUACAUGCUUUUUAACAGAAAGCCCAAGAAUUAAGUGGAGCGUUGUGGCCCAGUGGAUUAGUCUUCUGACUUUGAAACAGAGGGUCGUGGGUUCGAAUCCCAGCCAUGGCGUAAUUUCCUUCAGCAAGAAAUUUAUCCACAUUGUGCUGCACUCAAUCCAGGUGAGGUGAAUGGGUACCCGGCAGGAUUAAUUUCUUGAAUGCAUGAGCGCUGAAAGGCAGCUCAAGCUAAAGCCGGGGUAUUAAUAAUAAUGAUAACAUCGCGCCUCGGAAUAUAUUUCUAGAUAGAUGGCGCUAUAUAAAUGCCUAUUAUUAUUAUUAAUAUAUUAGUGACGAAAGUCCAUCAACGAAUACCAUCUCAUGCGAGAAACUGUCCCAUAAUACCCACUUUAUACAAAUCCCAUCAAAUGUCAUUUUCUCAGAAAAUAAAAAAUGUUUUAACUUGUGU